CUUGCUGCCUGCCCGUUAAGAGUCCUGUCGUCUAUCUCGUCUCGUCUAAACCGAGUAGCUGGGAGUUUCAUUACACGCAGUGAAAGACUGUAUAGAUGAUGAGUUCUGCAGCUCCACACAACUUUUCCUGGAUUGAACCAAAAAAGUUAGCAGGAAUGGCAUUGCCUCGGCUGCCUGCCCACUAUCAGUUUUUAUUAGACAAUGGAAUUCGGCAUUUGGUUACACUUUGUGAACGCAAGCCUCCGUACCAUGACACAUGUCCUGAUUUGACAUUACACCACAUAAAAAUUGAUGAUUUCUGCCCUCCAACAUUAGACCAGAUUAAAAGAUUCCUGAAUGUGGUUGAAGAAUCCAAUGCCAAAGGAGAGGGGGUUGCUGUCCACUGUCUUCAUGGCCAUGGGAGAACGGGAACAAUGCUGGCAUGUUAUCUGGUGAAGAAAAAUAAAAUUACAGGCAUUGAUGCAAUUAAUGAAAUAAGAAGACUUCGACCUAGCUCCAUUGAAACUCAUGAACAAGAAAAGGCUAUUGUGCAGUUUUAUCAGCAUAUAAAAUAGACUUCUCAUGAAGCAUGUUUUUACAGCAUGUAAGACUUCUGGUUAUAAAAUAUUACAUCUUUUGAUCUAAAAAUUUACAUUCAGCCUUUGAAAAGCAGUUUUUUAAAAAUACAUAUUUUUCCAUUUUAAAUAUUAAAGGCAGCAGUUGUAAUUACUCUUUAUACAAAUGUGACAGUUGAUUAUUGGUUGUGUAUUAAUCAGAUGGCAAUGAGAGCUAAGUAUUAUAUGUAGAAGGAUGUGAUUGAGUUUAUUUAGACUCUGACGUUGGUGGCAUUUAUAAAUCUAGAGAUCAGUUCUGUCUGUUUCUUAUUUUUAAACAUUAACUAUUUGUUUGUGUCAUAGCAUAAAGGACUAAUGCAUUCAAUUGUUUUAUGAGUUUUACUUUUAUGCCAAGAAGCUUGAUCUCACAAAAUGGCAUUUUGUUUAGAACUAAUGUAGACUUGUCCCAAAGCAGCUAAACCUAAGCACAAUUUUCGUUUUUUGUGAAUUAACAUUGUUGUUUUAUGAUGCCUUUCUCAGAGAAAAACAUUUCUAUUGUAUUCAUUUACAGCUAUCAGUCAAGCAAUUAAAUGCUGUCCUUCAUAA